AUGACACUCAAAUCCAAGGCCAAGAAGGCGGCCACGUCCUCCUCGGAUGAUCCGAACCAUGAGACGCCUGUAGUAUCGCCCACAGUAAAGCAAAUUGUCCAAGAUCCCACACGUUUCGUGUUUGGUGUCGAUCUAGACGACCCACGGGACCCCGAAGACGACAUGAAUGCACUCACUCCCGUCGCUAAAUUUGCAAUCCUGGCGAUGAUUUGUCUCAUGUCAUUUUCGAUCCGUCUCUUUGCCGUCGUGCGCUACGAAUCGGUAAUUCAUGAAUUUGACCCCUACUUUAACUUUCGGACGACGAAAUACUUGGCUUCCGAAGGGUUUCUCGAGUUCUUGGACUGGUUUGAUGAUCGUGCAUGGUAUCCACUUGGUCGUAUCAUUGGUGGCACCAUUUAUCCUGGUCUCAUGUACACCGCAGCACUGAUGUACUGGGUGUUAAAUGUAUUGAACAUCUCUAUUAAUGUGCGCAACACGUGCGUGUUCUUGGCCCCACUGUUUGCAGCCAAUACGGCAAUUGCUACCUAUUUGCUGACGAAGGAGGUGACCAAGCGCUCAAGUGCAGGACUUCUGGCUGCUGCCUUUGCAGGAAUUGUACCGUCCUACAUCUCUCGCUCAGUUGGGGGAUCAUAUGACAAUGAAGGUGUUGCCAUCUUUGCACUGAUUUUCGUGUUCUACCUCUGGAUCAAAGCGGUGCACACGGGAUCCAUGUUCUGGUCGGCUGGAUGUGCUCUGACGUAUUUCUACAUGGUGGCGGCGUGGGGUGGCUACGUGUUUAUCAUCAACAUGAUUCCCAUCUACGUGCUCGUGAUGAUCUUUGCAGGUCGAUACACUCCUCGUAUCUAUAUUGCGUACUCUACGUUCUACACACUGGGUAGCCUCAUGGCCAUGCAGGUGCCAUUCGUGGGAUUCAACGUCAUUAAGCAGGCUGAGUGCGCUGGCUCGCAUGGUGUCUUCGUACUGCUGCAAGUAUACUGUUUUGUCAACUGGUUGCGUAACUAUAUCUCGGCUUCGUCGUUCCGCCGUCUUGUACUGGUGGGUGCCAGUCUUCUCGUGUCGGGCUUCGCGCUUGCUCUGCUGGUGUUGCAGCUCAUGGGCAAGGUUCAGUGGACGGGUCGCAGUUUGACUUUGCUGGACCCUACCUACGCGUCCAAGUAUAUCCCUAUAAUUGCUUCAGUGAGUGAGCACCAGCCGACGCCGUGGACAUCCUACUUCUUUGACUUGCACAUUAUGGUACCUUUCGCGCCAGUGGGUCUUUACUUUCUUUUCCAGAACCUUACUGAUGGCGGCAUUUUCGUCAUCCUGUACGGUACAGUGGCGUGGUACUUUGCGGGUGUUAUGGUGCGUCUCAUGCUCACGCUGGCACCCAUUGCUUGCAUCUUGGGUGCUGUGGGCAUUUCGUCGACGCUGCGCAAGUUUAUGGGUAUUCUGGCUCGUCCGUCGACGUUCGUUGUGCAGAAGGAUGGCGUGCAGCCUGUGCCUAAGAUCUUAGCUUUGGGUGUUGUGACUGGUCUUCUGUUUAUGCUGCUGAGCUACUCUAUGCACGCUACAUACGUGUCUUCGAUGGCGUACUCUUCGCCGAGUAUUGUGAUUGAGGCUGGUCGUACGCGCACAGGUGAGCAUGUUAUUUACGAUGACUACCGAGAGGCGUACUUCUGGCUUCGCCAAAACACGGAUGAUAACGCCAAGAUCAUGUCGUGGUGGGACUACGGUUAUCAGAUGUCGGCUAUGGCUAACCGCACGGUCAUCGUGGACAACAAUACGUGGAACAACACACACAUUGCCACAGUGGGUCGUGCUCUGGCCUCUACAGAGGAGGACGCAUACCCGAUUCUGCAGAGUCUAGAUGUGGACUACGUCUUGGUCAUCUUUGGCGGUGUGAGUGGCUACAGCUCAGACGACAUUAACAAGUUUCUAUGGCCUGUGCGUAUCGGUUCUGGCGUGUACCCAAACGACAUGCCCUCGGAGCGUGACUUCUACUCAGCCUCGGGCAAUUUCGACAUCGGUCCGGGCGGCUCAAAGUUUUUGCACAACUGCCUUGCCUACAAGCUGUGCUACUACCGCUUUGGUGAGGUGAUGACGGACUACCAGCACCCGGCGGGUUUUGACCGUGCUCGCAACGCGGAGGUGGGUGUCAAGAACAUUAAGCUCACGCACAUGGAAGAGGCUUUCACGUCGGAGCACUGGAUUGUGCGUAUCUUUAAGGUGAAGAAGCAGCCUAAUGUGGAAGCUACGACUGCUGUCAAGACUUCGCGUUUAUCCGAAGCAGUGGCGCAAGAGAAGGAUAUCUCCGAGGAGAAAACGCGCUUCCUUGGUUGCUUUACAGGAGAGAAUAUGUUGGGCAACGACCGCGUAUACGCCGGUGGCUCCAGCGGGGCCAACUACAACCUUGCGCUGCACCACGCCAAGGACAAGGGCAAGCGCUACUUUGCCAUCGCACGUGUGGCGAAUGAGGGCCACGCGUUUGCAUUCAACAAGCUUCCCGUGAACGAAGCCUCUGCGGACGGCAACGAUGAGGGUUGCAAGCGUCCAUGCAAGGACUCGAACGCGCACUUUUGUGGUUGUGCUGAUGCUGGUUGUACGGAUAUGAACGUGAGUCCGGGCAAGGGCCAAGAGCACAACCGCCGCUGGGCCAUUUACGAGCGCCUGACGAAGUAA